UUUAACAGUGAUAAUGUGCAUACAAUACAGUAAUCUGUUGGCUCCGGAAUUUUUUUUUUUUCUGGUAUGGUGUAAGGACAGCUUGCUCAACAACUAAACUCAGGAAGGAAGACAGAAUGUUUAUGCAAGAUAUAACCGUGUUCAAAAAAGUGAAUAUCUUCCAGUUUUACACAAAAUUAAACUAAAAAGGUCCAUAACUGCCAUUGUACCUUUAAAAAAAAAAAAAGUAGUAUCAUUUCUCAGUCAAAUUGGACAUUAGCUUUCAGUGAACAGUCACUAAAGAUGGAAACAGAAGAAAGAGCGGCUGGUUAUAAACCAUUCAUUGUGCUGCUGAAUCUGGUUGCUUGGAUAAUCCUGAUAACAGCUGUGGUAUUAGGAGCCAUUCAUGUCAACGAAUGCCCCAUUCAGCCCCACAUUCCUAUAUAUCUGAUUGUUAUCGGUGGGGGUGGGAUCAUUUUAUUGAUGUUGGCCUACUGGAAGAACUCAAUGGAUGAAGGAGUCUGGAAAGUGCGCUGCCUUUUAUGUAUUCUAUGCCUGGUUGUUUUCAGCAUCGUCUGGUUUCUUACAGUUGCAGAACUGGUGGCAAAAUGCUUGCAGGCACGAGACAUGGCUUAUUGCCCGUAUAGCCAGUUUCCAGUUGGUGCUGCUAUUUUAACAUCAGGAGGUACCAUAAUCACAGGCUGCAAUGUAGAGAAUGCUUCUUACAGCCUUACAGUGUGUGCAGAGAGAACAGCUAUACAGAGAGCUGUAGCUGAGGGCCAUAGAAGUUUUACAGCUAUAGCAGUUACAUGUGAUAUUAAAGAUAGUUUUGUGGGUCCCUGUGGAGCCUGUCGACAAGUGUUAAUGGAGUUCGGGACAGAAUGGGACAUUUACCUGACCAAGCCUGAUGGGUCGUACAAGAAGACAAGUCUGAGAGAGCUGCUGCCGUUACCAUUCACCCCAGCUCACCUGUCUAAAGACAACAAUUAAAACAUAAGCUUUUUAGGACAUUUUAAAAAUGUUGAAUUAGAGAUACAAACUGAAAGUGACAGAAGGAUUAUUAUUUUUUUUUUUACUUUUUUAAAAUUAAUAUUUAACUUUUACUUUACUGGUAGAGCAGAUGAUCAAAUCCGAACCUCACGUGACAUAAAGAAAAGGCCAGGGAGUGUUCUGGGGAAGUUGGCUACUAAAUCAGGAGACCAAGCUGGCUAAAGAUGGACCACAAGAGUGUGCAAUAAGAACAAGUGGUGCAGAAUUGAAGUAUUGUUGGAACAUUAUUGAACUAAAAUCUUGAAUGAGCUACUUCCUCCUUAUCAAAACAAACAAAGGAAUAAAUAUUUAAAAUCUA